AUGGGUUGGUUUUGGGCAGAUCCUCAGCCAAAGGCGCCUGCUGCGCCGAAUUCUCUAGCAUCAUCCGCGGCCUCCCCUCCGCCGGGAUGUCCAAUGCACGAAUCGCGUACGCCAGCAUCUGCACCGCCCCUAGCGCAAAUUCCUAGCAGUUGCCCAAUGAGCCCAGACUCGCCCUUCUACACGCCUCCGCAAUCGCGAUCCGCAUCCGCGCCGCCGCAGCCUCCGACAUCCGCCCCGGAGAAGCCGGCAUCUACAUUAUCCAAACUGAACCCUUUGAACUACAUGUUCGCCUCAAUUUCGCAGGAACGCGCACCGAACCAAACAGUGGAUCUUCCCGUUGAGCGUGAGCUGUCCACCAUUCCUCGCGGCGACUCCGAGGGCAACUGGGAGUACCCGUCCCCGCAGCAGAUGUACAAUGCAAUGCUGCGCAAGGGCUACACCGACACUCCGCAGGAUGCAGUGGAGUCCAUGGUUGCGGUGCACAACUUCCUGAAUGAGGGUGCAUGGAACGAGAUUAUCAGCUGGGAGCGCGUUUUCGCCAAGGGUCUCAAAGAGGGUUGGGAGAAGUGCCGACGAGGCGAGGAGAACUUGAGUGCUGAGCUGGCCAAGGCUGAGAUGAUGGGCACGGUGGAUCAAGCCACCGAACCGCGCCUGAUCAGAUUUCAGGGUCGGCCGCACGAGUUGACCCCCAAGGCGCGCAUUCUGCAGACGAUGGGCUGGGUGUACCCGGCUAAGUUUGACACCGAGCCACCAUUUGACCGACACGACUGGUUCGUCCAGCGCAUGACACCCUCUGGCCCGAAGGAAGUUCGCUAUGUGAUCGACUAUUACUCUGGACCUCCUGAGCCAACGGGCGAGCCGGUCUUCUAUCUCGACAUCCGACCAGCCAUCGACUCGCCUACAGCUGCCGUCGAACGGCUGAUGAGGUGGGGAGGUGAUGUCUGGUGGAGGGCCAGCGGUGCUGCGGUCCGGGAACAACAGUGA